AUGCUGCAGAGGCACCUCAGAGACUGGACAGCCAGAUGCCCUCGCACUGUUGCUUGGCGGCAUGGGGAAGGAAACGCAUUUGGUGAUCCCCUGGGAUGCCAGCGGCCACUCACCCUUGGUCUUCACAUUGCCGAGGGCCCAGCAGGGUCUGCAUCCGUCUGCAGUGCCCUGGUCCGUGGUCGUGCCUCUAGACAGGAUGCUGUGGGCAUGCAGGUCCUUGUGGGUGUCCACGUCAUGUCUAAUGAUGGAGUUGUGGGUUGUCUUGGUUCUGGUGGACUCCCUGCCUGGCAAAGCCAAUACCUGUUGGCCUGGCAUCUUCUCUCAGGUCCUGGCCAGUAG